UAUAACAAGGGGACUGCCGACUCCUUCGGAAUGUUUCGGAUUAUUUCACACUGUUUUUAAAUAUCGAAGGUUCCGAAUGAAAUUGAUGUUGCUUUCUUCGCAGCGCCCCCACCGGGAGUCAUAGAAAGGGUAAACAAUAUGGCGGUUAACGUUAUUUUGUAACUUCGCGAUGGGGGGGAAACACUGCUGCGUCGUUGGUUGCAGCAAUUCAAAUGAAAAAACAAAAGGACAGACAAGUCACAUAAGUUAUUUCUCAUUUCCGAAAGAUCCAGAAUGGAGAUCCAAGCUGAUAGCAGCCGUCAACAGGAGUGACAAGGCAUUCAACCCCGAGUGUACAUAUAUAUGUUCCGUGCACUUCGAGAAAAAGUGUUUUUUGUUUCAUGACAAAACGUCCAUCGCCACCUAUUCCAGAGAGAGUUACCUACAGUUCCCUGUCAGAUCUUCAGAAGACACUAAAAAAUAAAGACCUCCAUGGCUGGAGCAUCCUGAAAACUGACAGUGAUGUCCUUGUUCUUGGACUAUAUGAUCACUCCUCUGGAUGCCUUCAAAAGACAGUUACAGUGGACAUUUAUUUAAAUGUCAAUGUCCGCUUUGGGGAGGUACUGGUUAGGAUGAAGGAGACAAAUCUAAGCAAGGUCCCCAUCAGCAACUUCCUCCAAGAAGUGUCUCAAGUAAGGAAGUGCUCGGGAUUACCUGAUGGCCAGAAUUACAGUGGAAAAGUUUAUCGAUUUGUUUCCACUGUAAUAAGAGACAAUAAACCUGAAGUGGAAACUAUUGUUAGAUCACAGAGAUGUGCUGGAGGUGUGAGCUCAGAUGACACCACAGCUCUUUGUCCAGCGUGUAAGAUUCUCAGCAAUAACACCAUCAUUGAACAGACAUCUAGCAUGCACCCUAAGACACCACUUUCUUGUCUUUCAAACCAGCAACUUAUUAACGAAGUCAAGGCAUCUAGACGGAGCUUAAGAGAGAUGAAAACUCAGAUACAAUCUCUGACAAAUGGUAUGACUGAAACUGUGGCAAAUGACGUUGGAGAGGGGCUCUAUUCUUCCAUCGAAGAAAAUCCUCCAGAUGACAGUUUUUUAGCUCUACUGGUCAGAGACCAGAAGAGCUUAUGCGAUAGUAAUGCGUCCGUCGUCCGUCCGUCUGUCUGUCUGUCUGUCUGUCUGUCUGUCCGUCUGUCUGUAAACAAUUUUUCAAAACGCUACUCCGCCUACAGUUUUGGUCUGAUUUUAAUAUAACUUGGCACACAAGUAGACUACACAAAGAUACAUAAAAUGAUGCAUCGGAUUUUUAUUUCGAUGACCGGUGUUGCCAUGGUUACUAAAAAUAGAAUUUUCUGUGAAAUUCCUUUAAAAUGCUACUCCUCCUACAGUUUUGAUCUGAUUUCAAUAUAACUUGGCACACAAGUAGACUACACUAAGAUACAUAAAAUAGUGCAUCGGUUUUUGAUUUCGAUGAACGGUGUUGCCAUGGUUACUAAAAAUAGAAUUUUCUGUGAAAUUCCUUUAAAACACUACUCCUCCUACAGUUUUGAUCUGAUUUCAAUAUAACUUGGCACUCAAGUAGACUACACUAAGAUACAUAA